AUGAGCAGAACAUGGUCCCCUCUCAAACUCAGACGACGGAUGUUCCUCACUUCCCUGCUGUCGCUGCUGACCCUGUGUGUUCUGAUGACAGUCAGCCUGAUAUUCCGGGAAGCUGCAGAACAAGCUGUUUCCCCUUUGAAUGACAUCAAGUGCUCUGCUAUCUACGACAUGGACCCCGUGGAGGUGGGAAAAUCGCUAGUCAUCAGAAAGAACCUUGUUGUGGACGACACGGAUGAGUCGAUGGUUGACCUCACAAUCGACUGCCGGGCAUUCAGGAGAGCCAGAGGCUACGAUGAGAUGUGUCAGACGCAGGAGGAGGAGGACUUUCCGCUGGCGUUUUCGCUGGUUGUUCACAAAUCUGCAGCAAUGGUGGAGCGGCUGAUCCGAGCGGCCUACUCGCCUAGCAACAUCUACUGCAUCCACUACGACCAAAAGUCUCCUGCUGCCUUCAUGGCUGCCAUGAAGGGUUUAGCUAGCUGUCUGCCCAACGUCUUCAUCGCUUCCAAGCUGGAAUACGUGGUCUACGGCGGCAUCAGCCGACUCAGGGCCGAUCUGAACUGUCUCUCGGACCUGCUGGCCUCCAGAACUCCCUGGAAGUACGUCAUCAACCUGUGUGGUCAGGACUUCCCUCUCAGGUCCAACAUGGAGCUGGUGUCCGAGCUGAAGAAGCUUCACGGCAGCAACAUGUUGGAGACGAGUCGACCCAGCGAAUACAAGAAGCAGCGCUUUGGAUUUCGCCAUGAGUUGCAGGGUGACGAGCUGAAACACAACCAGUAUUUGGUCAAGACUUCUCAGCAGAAGGCAGCGCCGCCUCAUGGUAUCGAGGUCUUCGUUGGGAGCGCCUACUUUGUCUUGUCACGGGACUUCGUGGCUCACAUCAACUCCUCGGUGCAGGUGGCCGACUUCCUUCUGUGGUCGGAGGACACGUACUCACCCGACGAACACUUCUGGGCCACGCUUGCACGGCUGCCUGGAGUACCCGGAGAGGUCCCGAGAACUGACCCGGAUAUCACGGACAUGAUGAGUCAGACCCGGCUGGUGAAGUGGGAGUACCUGGAGGGGAGCCUGUACCCACAAUGCACCGGGCAGCACCUUCGAAGUGUUUGCAUUUACGGCGCGGGCGACCUGCGGUGGCUUCUGGCGCAGCAUCACUGGUUCGCCAACAAGUUCGACCCCAGAGUCGACCCGGUCGUCAUUCUGUGCCUUGAGAAGAAGCUGAAGGAAAGUCAAAAGCUGUUCCAGUCAGCUGCGUCGCCCGCGUGUCGGGGAGGCUAGCGUGGAUGACUUUUCAGUGUCAGUGUUAUGCAACCACUUGAAAGGCUCUGGUCUUUAUAAACAACUGAUAAUGACUGAGUUAAGCCAACCAGCUCAACGUCGACCAUGACUGUAAAUGAACCAUAAAAGUCAACAAAAUCCUGGGUGGAAUGACUAAAUAUGAGUGUGUAAUGUAUAAACUAAUUCAGCGCGGUGUCGGAUCACGAAGCCGGAUCCUGGGACCCGCCUUGAUGGUGUCACAAAGGGGAACAUCCUGUUGCAGAUCCGCGUGAUGUCAAUCAAUGUAAACAAGAGCUUCGGCAUCAAAGUCAGCUGGAUGUUUUAAUGGUGGCUGUGAACGUUCCAGGCUGCUCUUUGUCCCACAAGAUCUUUAUUUUCAUGUGGGUGAGGAAAGUUCAGAGAUCCAUGGACAAGUGGGAACAUCAGUGGUGCGCAGCCAUCAUCAGGCGUUGAAUUCAGGGAGCUCCGCUUCUUGGAGUGGAUGUGAUUCAUUGACUUUUUUGAACCCAACUUUAUUCAUACGAAUGUUCAAGUGCAAUAGCUUGGGGGCAGAACAUCUUCUGCCAGUAAGG